GUGAUGAAGAGGAGGAGCAGCUGGUCUCGGUUCAGUCUGUCGCAACGUUUUCUUCUCUUUGUUUCUCAAGAAAAGUUCUGAUGGGCCAACCGGGACCACGUCGAGCCGGAAUAAAGUGGCAUUAAAAGCGGAUUAAAGGCGGGGUAGCCGCGGGGCCCGGAGCGGACCAGAGGGGACUGGACUCCGCUUCAGGUCUGGUCAUCAGGUCUGGCUGCUUGGCUCGGGAUCCGGACCAUGGGUCCGCAGGACUGACGGACUUUUGGGGAAACUUUUUUUUUUUUGUCGUGUCCAUGGAGACGGGAGUUUUCCCUUCCAGCUGAGGAGCUGAUCGGACUCCGAUAAAGUAUCGAUACUCUGUAUUGAUCGCGAAUUGAUCGGAGGGAUGGCCGCGCUCCCGCUGCUGCUGCUGCUCGUGCUGUGGACCUGCGGACACGCCAAAGGCGCGUUCCCGCUGCGACAGUCCUACAACCUGUACACCAACGGCCACGCGCACGGAGCCCGCGCUGCCAGCAGACACAGGAACUGGUGUGCGUUUGUGGUCACAAAGACGGUGAGUUGUGUGGUUGAGGAUGGAGUUGAAACCUACGUGAAGCCUGAUUAUCACCCCUGCAGCUGGGGGAGCGGACAGUGCAGCCGGGUGGUGGUGUAUCGGACCUACAUGAGGCCACGCUACAAAGUCGCCUACAAGAUGGUGACAGAGAUGGAGUGGAAGUGUUGCCAUGGUUACAGUGGCGAGGACUGUAACAAUGGUCCAGCAGGUGGCGCAGGAACGCAGAUAUCCACCACCAGACCUCAGCCCGGACAGGGAGGAGGGACGAGCUAUGGACAGGGGGGCGGAGGCGGUGGCAGUCAGGGGGGAGGCGGUUCUGGAUCUGGACAGUCUGGCGAUAACGAGAAGGUGAGGCAGCUGGAGGAGAAGAUCCAAAGUCUGACCAAAAAUCUCCAGGACCUGCAGUCCAACAUGAGCACCAUGAAGGAACGCUUUCAGGAGGAGGUCGGCAAAAACGGAUUUGGUGGAGGAAGCUCAGGAGGAAGAAACCCCGCCGAUGCCGCUCAGCCGGAGAUUAAACAGACAAUUCACAGCAUUCAGACCAAACUGGACCAACUGGACAACCGCACACAGGCUCAUGAUAAAACUCUGGUCAGCAUCAACAACCACCUGGUGAACGGGAAAGGUAAUGAGCUGGAGGGAGGCGUGACUGGAGGAGGACUGAGUGAAGGGAGGCUGAACUCACUGAAGGAGGAGAUCCUGAGGGAGCUCGAGAGGAGGGUGUCGCUGUCCUGCUCCUCCUGCCAGGCUGGCGUGGAGGAUCUGCGCAGACAGCAGCAGGAGGACCGUGAGCGGAUUCGAGCUCUGGAGAAGCAGCUGAACGCUAUGGACGUCCGGUAUCAGCAGAGCCUGGACGGGCUGCGGCGGGAAGUGGUGCGUUCUCAGGGAUGCUGCGACAUCAUCAGCGACCUCCAAGAGCGCGUGACUGAUGCUGAACGCAAGAUCAGCUCGGUCUCUGAGAACUUUGAUGUCCUGCAGAACCGCCUGGACAAGGAGCUCAGCGGGGCAGGGGGCAGCAGUGGCAGUCAAAACACUGGGUUUGGUGGAGGAGGGCUGGCUGGUGGUGGUGGAACUGGCGGGCGUGGUACGGACACCCCGGUGACGGAGAAAAGCCUGGACGACCGACUGAAGGAUCUGGAGCGGCGGGUCAACAACACUGUGCAGCAAACCGAGGAGAGCUGCUCAUACCUGGAGAACAACGUGAAAGAUUACUUCCACAGAGAACUCGGGGAGCUGAGGACCGUGUUUCUGGACCGGUUCGAUGACCAAGCCGACAGGAUCACAGACGUGGAGCUGGACGUGGAGCAGGUGAAGUACAGCAUAAGUGAACAUGACAAGAGGCUGUUGACACUGGAAAACACCACCUCCCACAUGAACCGGAGGCUGGAGGAGUGUGGCUGUGUAGGGUCUGAAGGAGGAGGAGGAGGAAGAGAGGGAGGUGGCAGGGGACAAGGAGGAGGAGGAGGAGAGCGUGGAACUACAGGAGAAGGAAAAGACGGGGAUGACAGAGGGGAUGGAGGUGGGAGGUGGGGAACCGGAGGGGGAGGAACUACGGGAGGAGGAGGACGGUGGGGAGGUGCAGGGGGAGGAUUAUCAGGAACGGGAGGAGAAAGAGAAAAUUCAACUAAGAAGUCUCUGGAGUGGCGAGUGGUGGCCAAUGAGGAUCAGAUUCGACAUUUCAACACUCGACUCAAAGACCUGUCGAUGUCCGGAGACUCUCUGUUUGACAAGGUUGUGGACCUGACCCACGACGUCGGUAAGAUCAAGGCCCUGACCGGUGAUCACGGAGAACACUUCAACCGAAUCGUGACAGAGGUGGAGAUGCUGGGUCAGGACUGCGAGCUGUGCGGGAAGUUGGAGGAGGAGCUGCAGAAGAUGAAGAAUCAAUCCCAGCAUGCACUAUCAAACAUCCACAACCACAUCACCAGAAUCCAGAACAGACUGGACUCGGAGGGAGACAGCUGCUUCCAGAUGUGCUCCGACCUGCAGAGGGAAGUCGGCCUUCUGAGAGACGAUGUCAGGAGGUGCACCAGCCAAUGUAAGAGCAGCCCGGACAAUCCCACAGGUGGAGAGUCUGGCAGAGGUGGUGGCACGGAUGGCAGCAGUGGACAGCUGGCUCCUGUAGACGGCCACAGCGUGAUUGAAGGCAUCAACAACAACCACCUGAAAACGCUGCAGGGCGAACUGUCCAGUGUCAUCCUCACCUUCAGCUCCAUCAACGACACCCUGAAAGGCGUGGAACACACGAUGCAGAAACAUGGCAGCGUCAUCACAGACCUCGGAAAUACGAAGGAUAAGAUCAUCUCUGAGCUCGACAAAAUCCAGCAGGAGGUGACAGAGCACAUCGAAGACAACCGGGACCGUCUGGAUAAGAUGGACAGGGACAUUCGGCGAUUUGAGAGUACGCUGCUUGAGGUGGGCGACUGUAAGCGGUCUGGAGAUGGGCUUGAGAAGAGGCUGUCGAAGCUGGAGGGAAUCUGUGGGCGGCUGGACGGUGUCUCUGACUCCAUCCUCAAAAUCAAGGACGGACUGAACCAGCAUGUUUCCAGUUUGUGGACGUGCGUUUCUGGCCUGAAUGAGACGAUCAUCCGUCACGGAGGACUCCUGGACUUCAUCCAGAACGGCCAGGACGACAUCCACCGCAGAGUGAAGAACCUGAACUCGAGCUUAAACCAGGUCUCCAGAGACCUGCAGAGUUUGUCGGAGCAUGAACUGACUGGCCCACCAGGACCUCAAGGACCCCCAGGAGAGAGAGGCUUCAAAGGGCUUCCUGGUCUCCCAGGGUCCCCUGGACUUCCAGGACGACAAGGAGAAAUUGGUCCCCGCGGUCCGCCCGGUCCCAAAGGGGAGACAGGUUUUCCUGGUGCUGAUGCUCACAUCCCCAGACUGUCGUUCUCAGCUGCUUUAACUGUCCCCAUGGACAGAGCGGGAACCAUCGUCUUUGACAAGGUCUUUGACAAUGUAGGAGAUUUCUACAACCACAGAACAGGUAUCUUCACCGCCCCUGUAGAUGGACAUUACUACUUCAGCGCCGUCCUGACAGGUCAUAGGAAUGAAAAGAUCGAGGCAGUCCUGUCGAAGUCUAACUACGGCAUGGCCCGCGUGGACUCUGGAGGCUAUCAGCCCGAAGGCUUGGAGAACAACCCCGUGGCCGAAGCUAAAGUCAGCCCGGGCUCUCUGGCAGUCUUCAGCAUCAUCCUGCCUCUGCAGACUCGGGACACGGUGUGCAUCGACCUGGUGAUGGGCAAACUGGCUCACUCCGUGGAGCCCCUCACCAUCUUCAACGGCAUGCUGCUGUAUGAAGAUAUGUGAGCAUUUACCGGGAUGCAUGGUGAACAGAAAGGCCCGAGGACCUGAACAGCGCUGUUUAAGAUUCAUGACAAACCCACAGGAGGCGGGUCCAUAAAGUAUGAUGUCACUUCCUAAUUUGGGAGUGAUCAAGAACUGAUGACAGAGUGUUUUCGAUGAAGCUUCUUGGUUGAUUUCAGCAUCAGUAUAACGUCUUCAAUAGAUCGUACAGACUGUUUAACUUCUUCUUCAGCGGAGGCUUCAUGUCUCCUCUUAUGUGGAUGCCAGAGUGGAUUUACUAUAAACCCAGUCAGCUGAUCUGAUGUGGUCACACGGUGUGACCUCAGAGUGGCACUGUGAGAACCGACGUCCCUGUAAACCAGGAUAAGCCGAUGCCUGCCAGACCUGCUUCCUCCUGCUAGAAAGCCUUUGGAAACACACCCGUGCAUGUGGUGAACAAUUCCAGUUUUAACCGUGUAACGUGCUGUUAGUGUCCUCUACAGGCCGCAAAGCUCAUGACAGCAAUAAUGUGAACCAACAUCCUGAUGCUUUAUAGAUUUUUGAAUAGUGGAGCCGAAAGUAUGACGUUUGUCCUGAAGGUGGCGCUACAGAAAGGAUUCAUUCCCAAAAAUGCUAUUAAAUAUAUCUAUUCCUGAUCAAUAGUGGUAAAUGUGGAGAUGCAGUUGUUGUGUAUCAAAUUUGGGCCUCUCUCUGGGCAAAUGAGCAUGACUUUAAAUGUUAAUGCACCCUCACCCAGCAGUCAGCCCCUCCACCUGUGAAGCACUUCCUGCUGCUGGCUGCCCUGUAAGCCCACAGAGCUCAGUCUGACCUUCAUGUGUCCAGAACCACUCCGUCUUAUCCAGAUGUUGCUCUGCAGGCAUUAGAUGCUGACAGAUGUAAUCAGGUGUGGGGAGGGGUCAGGUUUUCUGUGCUGAACAGGGAUUUAUGAACCUCCAUUCCUGCCAGCUGAUGUGGGUUUGUGUCAUCCUCCUGUUGAGCAGAUCUCGAUUCUUUUUCUCGUUCUUGACUGCCCCCCCCCCGAGAAUGACUGGAUACGUGCUGUCACCUUAAGAUGGGACAAACCUAAUUUGAAGUAGAAAAUGGAGAUAUAUAUUUACAUGUUUUUGACAUUGGUUCUAUUUUAACUACAUUUUUCUGUAACUGUAACCAGGUAGUUUUUGAGUAGAUUGAAAACAAAACUUAACCUCUGAACAUCCACCAGGUGACUGGGGAACCCACCUAGGGUUAGGGUCAGGGGUUGGUUAAUGUCCACCCCUUAUAUCGAACUCUUGCCUGUUUGAAACACCCAAACAUCGAUCAGCACACAGAAACACUUGUCAGUCAGCUGGUGGAUGCAAAGACGUUCCAAGUUUUCCCAGAACAGACCACUUCCAGCCCACCCGCCUCCUGUUAGGUGUCAUUUCAGGACAGCUCACGUGGAUCAUUUCAAAUAAUCUGAUUAUGUUGAAACUGAAGCUGGAAGAUCUUUGAGGUGUUUUUGCAGCUUCCUUGUUUGGUGGCUCCUGAGAAACAAACUGCUCAGACUCCUCUCACAGCUGCGCCUGUUGUCGAUCAUGUGACUGGUGGAUGUUUGGAUACCUGCCAUCAGUGAUGCUGGGAUAUCUCCCAUCGCGGCCCUAAGCCCUGCCCUCACAGGUCAGAUGUUGCUUUGGCAACACGAGACGAUGUGACUUCAAAUGCGAUGAAAAACAAAGAAAGCUUUUUGCUCCGCAGCAGGACGUCUCUCUGUGUUUUCAAUCUGUGUGGAUUUUUUUUAAGUGAGAUGAGUUCACAUUGUGAAUGUUUUUAUAUUAAACAGCACUUUUUCUUGUUUUAUUGUAUUUUUCAAUGUUCUAACAAAUAUUUAUCACAGAAUUUUACAUUUAUGGACAAAUGUUAAAGGAUGGAAAUGCUCCCAUUUAAGCGCAAUGGUGGAAGAAAUAUUUGGAUCCUUUACUGAGUAAUAAUAAUACCACAUUGUACUGUACUGAAGUAAAGAGAGUAACACCACUUGU